AUGGUUGUCCUUGUGAUGCGCAUGAUCGAUGCCGAUUACGUCGAUCCAUUAGGACAAUUUAUACCCACCACUUUGAGCUAUCCAUCUAUGUCAUGCGCACGCGCUCCCGUGUCUAGCCUCGGGGCUGAGGCGAGUCUCACCUCUGACCCGCGCCCGCGCAGUCGACACGUGCUGCCUCCGCUGAUUGGCCGAUCUAAAGCGAACUCUCAGCGUUUUGUAACAGCCAGUGUCUUGUUCUUAGGAGCCGGCUUCCAAGCUGAGCGCGGUUUCGACCGCAUUGUUUCGACG